GCCCCGGCCGGUCCCGAGCGGCCCGUGCCACCCCUCCGCCGGCGACGCCCCGGGCCGCCCGCCACCAUGGAGCUGGAGGAUGGUGUGGUGUACCAGGAGGAGCCCGGCGGCUCCGGGGCCGUGAUGUCAGAGCGGGUGUCCGGCCUGGCCGGCUCCAUCUACCGCGAGUUCGAGCGGCUCAUUGGGCGCUACGACGAGGAGGUGGUCAAGGAACUGAUGCCACUCGUGGUGGCUGUGCUGGAGAACCUGGACUCGGUGUUCGCGCAGGACCAGGAGCACCAGGUGGAGCUUGAGCUGCUGCGGGACGACAACGAGCAGCUCAUCACCCAGUACGAACGGGAGAAGGCGCUGCGCAAGCACGCCGAGGAGAAAUUCAUUGAAUUUGAAGACUCUCAAGAACAGGAAAAAAAGGAUUUACAGACCCGAGUGGAAUCUCUAGAAUCUCAAACAAGACAACUUGAACUCAAAGCAAAAAACUAUGCUGACCAGAUUAGCAGACUUGAAGAAAGAGAAGCAGAACUGAAGAAGGAAUAUAAUGCAUUACAUCAAAGACACACCGAGAUGAUCCAUAAUUAUAUGGAACACUUAGAGAGAACGAAACUUCACCAGCUGUCAGGGAAUGACCAACUAGAGUCCACGGCUCACAGUAGGAUUAGAAAAGAGCGCCCUAUAACAUUAGGGAUUUUCCCAUUGCCUGCUGGAGAUGGGCUGCUCACUCCGGACACUCAGAAGGGUGGCGAGACCCCAGGCUCCGAGCAGUGGAAAUUCCAGGAUCUGAGCCAGCCUCGCUCGCACACUAGCCUGAAGGUCAGCAGUAGCCCCGAACCUCUGAAGGCUAUAAAACAGGAGGUGAGAAAUGGUAUUUCAAAACAUUGUGCAAAGGAUGAACUUUCUGAUGUUAGCCAAGGUGGAUCGAAAGCUACUACUCCCGCAUCAACAGCGAAUUCCGACGUGGCAGCAAUUCCCCCCGAUACUCCCCUAAAGGAAGAGAGUGAUGGGUUGGCAAAGGGCACAGACUCCCCAGCUAAGUUAGAGCUGAGCAAGCACAUUGAAGUGCAGGUCGCCCAGGAGACUAGGAAUGUGUCCACAGGCUCUGCUGAAAAUGAAGACAAGUCAGAAGUUCAAGCAAUCAUCGAAUCCACUCCUGAACUGGAUAUGGACAAAGACCUCAGUGGAUUCAAAGGUUCAAGCACUCCCACCAAAGGCAUAGAGAACAAAGCUUUCGAUCGCAACACGGAGUCUCUCUUUGAAGAGCUGUCUUCCGCCGGCUCUGGCCUUAUUGGAGACGUGGAUGAAGGUGCAGAUUUACUAGGGGAAUAUUCUGACCAUAAUUUCUUUGGAAUGGGUCGUGAAGUUGAGAAUCUUAUACUAGAAAACACACAACUUUUGGAAACCAAAAACGCUUUGAAUGUAGUGAAGAAUGACCUGAUAGCCAAAGUGGAUGAGCUGACGUGUGAGAAGGAUGUGCUGCAAGGGGAGCUGGAGGCCGUGAAACAAGCCAAGCAGAAGCUGGAGGAGAAGAACAGAGAAUUGGAAGAGGAACUCAGGAAAGCUCGUGCCGAAGCUGAAGAUGCAAGGCAAAAAGCAAAAGAUGAUGAUGAUAGUGAUAUCCCCACAGCCCAGAGGAAGCGGUUCACGCGAGUGGAGAUGGCCCGUGUUCUCAUGGAGAGGAACCAGUACAAAGAGAGAUUGAUGGAGCUCCAGGAAGCUGUUCGAUGGACAGAGAUGAUUCGGGCAUCACGAGAAAACCCAGCCAUGCAGGAAAAAAAAAGGUCAAGCAUCUGGCAAUUUAUGCCAGCUCGUUUCAGCAGACUUUUCAGCUCUUCGAGCAGCACGACAAAGAAGCCCGAGCCGCCUGUUAAUCUGAAGUACAAUGCACCCACCUCUCAUGUGACCCCAUCUGUCAAGAAAAGAAGCAGCACCUUAUCACAGCUCCCUGGGGACAAGUCCAAAGCCUUCGAUUUCCUCAGUGAAGAAACUGAAGCUAGUUUAGCCUCACGCAGAGAGCAGAAGAGAGAGCAGUACCGGCAGGUAAAGGCGCAUGUGCAGAAGGAGGAUGGUCGAGUGCAGGCGUUUGGCUGGAGUCUGCCCCAGAAGUACAAACAGGUGACCAAUGGCCAAGGGGAAAAUAAGAUGAAAAAUUUACCUGUGCCAGUAUAUCUCCGACCUCUUGAUGAAAAGGAUGCAUCCAUGAAGCUGUGGUGUGCAGUUGGAGUUAAUUUAUCCGGUGGGAAGACCAGGGACGGCGGGUCUGUUGUUGGAGCAAGUGUGUUUUACAAGGAUGUUGCCGGUUUGGAUAUGGAAGGCAGUAAACAGAGGAGUGCAUCUCAGAGCAGCUUAGAUAAGUUAGACCAGGAACUUAAGGAACAGCAGAAGGAGUUAAAAACUCAUGAAGAAUUAUCCAGUCAGGUGUGGAUCUGCACCAGCACUCACUCGGCAACAAAAGUGAUCAUCAUCGAUGCCAUCCAGCCGGGCAACAUCCUAGACAGCUUCACCGUGUGCAACUCGCACGUCCUGUGCAUCGCCAGUGUCCCAGGAGCCCGGGAAACAGACUACCCUGCAGGAGAGGAACUUUCAGAAUCUGGUCAGGUGGACAAGGCAUCCUUGUGCGGAAGCGUGACGAGCAACAGCUCAGCAGAGACAGACAGCCUGCUGGGAGGCAUCACAGUGGUUGGCUGCUCCACAGAGGGUGCGACAGGCGCUGCUGCUUCCCCUAGUACCAACGGUGCUUCCCCAGUGACAGACAGGCCCCCAGAAAUAGAAGCGGAAAAUAGUGAGGUUGACGAAAAUGUCCCAACCGCUGAGGAAGCAACAGAAGCCACCGAAGGCAAUGCAGGGUCUGCAGAAGAUGCCGUGGACGUCUCCCAGCCUGGCGUGUACACCGAGCACGUCUUCACUGACCCUUUGGGGGUUCAGAUUCCCGAAGACCUGUCCCCGGUCUGUCAGUCGAGUAGUGACUCAGAUGUGUAUAAAGAUCCCAUAUCAUCAGUGCUGCCGAAUGAACAAGACCUGGUGAGAGAGGAAGCCCAGAAGAUGAGCAGUCUGCUGCCGACCAUGUGGCUGGGUGCUCAGAAUGGCUGCCUGUAUGUGCACUCAUCCGUGGCCCAGUGGAGGAAGUGUCUCCAUUCCAUCAAACUCAAAGACUCCAUCCUCAGCAUUGUGCAUGUGAAGGGGAUCGUGUUAGUGGCCCUGGCUGACGGCACACUCGCCAUCUUUCACAGAGGAGUUGAUGGGCAGUGGGACCUGUCCAACUAUCACCUCCUAGACCUGGGGCGGCCCCACCACUCCAUCCGAUGCAUGACCGUGGUGCACGACAAAGUCUGGUGUGGCUACCGGAACAAGAUCUAUGUGGUUCAGCCCAAGGCCAUGAAAAUAGAGAAAUCCUUUGAUGCGCACCCCCGGAAGGAGAGCCAGGUGCGGCAGCUGGCCUGGGUGGGCGACGGUGUGUGGGUCUCCAUCCGCCUGGACUCCACGCUGCGUCUCUAUCACGCGCACACUUACCAGCAUCUGCAAGAUGUGGACAUCGAGCCUUAUGUCAGCAAAAUGUUAGGCACUGGGAAACUGGGCUUCUCUUUCGUGAGGAUCACAGCUCUUAUGGUGUCCUGCAAUCGGUUAUGGGUGGGGACAGGAAAUGGUGUCAUUAUCUCCAUCCCACUGACAGAAACUGUAAUCCUCCACCAGGGACGUUUACUGGGGCUGAGGGCAAAUAAAACCUCAGGAGCACCAGGAAAUCGCCCUGGAAGUGUGAUCCGCGUCUAUGGUGAUGAGAACAGCGAUAAAGUGACCCCAGGGACGUUUAUUCCCUACUGCUCGAUGGCGCACGCACAGCUCUGCUUCCAUGGGCACCGCGAUGCUGUGAAGUUCUUCGUGGCAGUCCCGGGUCAAGUCAUUAGCCCACAGAGUGGCAGUGGUAGUACAGAUCUAACCAGUGACAAAGCAGGGCCCUCUGCCCAGGAGCCCGGCAACCAGGCACCCUUGAAGUCUAUGUUGGUCAUCAGCGGAGGAGAGGGCUACAUCGACUUCCGGAUGGGUGAUGAAGGUGGAGAAUCAGAACUUCUCGGAGAGGACCUUCCACUGGAGCCUUCUGUCACCAAAGCGGAAAGGAGCCACUUGAUCGUGUGGCAAGUGAUGUAUGGCAGCGAGUGAGCCUGGAAACAGCUGGAAUGGACACCGUCUCUUCUGCAUGGUUUCUUUUACCUUUCUCUCUUUAUUUAAUGCUCUUUUUGUGACAUAAGUUUCACCACAUAAGGUGUGAGCAUUUUUUCCUGUUAACUUUAUAUUACAAAACCUGUCCUGCCAUUCAGUAUGGAGGAGCUAGCUGUCCUGCCACACCAGUGUUAUAGGCAAUGUCAGUAUAUUACGAACAAACCAGAGAACGUUGAUUUUCUGCAAACUGGUGGGUUACAGGAAAGCAACCCGAUGUGCUUGCCCGGCCACAGUCUCGUGUCACUCACUCACUGGAUGGGUCACUUUUUAGCUGUCACUAAUAAUGGAAUUGAUGGGAAACAUUGAUAAAUGAAACUGUGCCAUUCAGUACAAUAGCAAGAGUUUUCCCCAGUGUAUUAUAAAAUUGACACACACUAAUAGCAGAUGGGUCAUCAGGAUUUAUCUAACUGUCCCAAGAGGGCUAAAAACUAACUGUAAAUUAACUUCACUUUCAAAUCUGACAAAUCUUGUUUAUAUGGUAUAUAAAACUUUGUUUUCAUCAGAUUUUAGGGGGGUUUUAUAUUAAAGAAAUUAAGACUACACUAUUUAAAUAAAAAUUUCCUGUUUCUGUUUUA